AUGGCACACGUGAACCUCCUCGUCUAUCUCAUGAUGUGCCCCUUCAAUGUAAGGCACAUGCUCGAUGCACCCAGCUUCCCAUUCCGGUUAGGAAGCAAAACAGCAAAGGGUGAAGCAUUUAUAUAUGGAGCAAAUGAAGGAGGGAACCUGGGGAAUUACUCUCCCCGACAGGAUCAACUGUAUAUGUUGGAGCUAGCUAAAGUGUACUAUCAAAUUUUGUUAAAAUAUAAGAGGGAGGUUAGACAAGGACAGGAAGAGAAUUACGAUUUGGUGGUAGGCUCCUUUGGGAAGGAAGCCAACAUGGGGAUCUCCCUCCAAACAGUCCGCGUCACAAAUGAUGCCAUACACCUGUCCUACCAGAACGUGCAAAAGGGAAGUGGGAUCCAAAUUAAGUUAAAAAGGGGUGAAAUAUCUACUUAUUUGGACCUCCUAUCGUUCGACUCCUGUUUGUAUAAGCUCAACACAGAGGAUUACAAUUUAAUGAAAAGUGCAUCGGAUCAUAGCAAGCCAAUAAUGAUCAGCACAUACCACAUAUAUACACUGCUGACGGUGUAUUCUCUUUGCACUUACGUGGAGAAGAGUCUACUGCUUGAAUUUCCAGCGUUGAAGAAGUGCCAAAUAUUUCUAACCCUAUGUUUGAUGUUCCUCCCAAUAAUUAGUUACCUUUUCUUACUAUAUACUUAUGUGAGCAUAUUUGGAGUGUUACUCAUCUACGCGCUUUUUUACGCGCUCUUUCGGACCCUCUCUAGUAGAAGGGGGAAGGGGUUGGACCAGCAUACGGAUCAGCAUGCGGAUCAACAUACCGAUCAUUGGAGAAGCAGUCCUGCUAACCCAGAAGGAGAACUGUACACGCAAGAGGCAAGACGCAACAAAUGUUUGGUCCAUAUGAGACUAGCUAACCUAUGCAUUACCUACAUAUGUAUAUUCGCCGUGGACUUUUAUUUUUUCCCAAGGCAAUUUUCCAAGUCGUUUUUUUUUGGUAACACUUUGAUGGAUUUAGGGGUCGGGGGGUGCAUCACAUCGAGUGCAUAUUCUCUAAACAGGAACAAGCUCCUUCACUCUGCCAAACGGAGAGGACGCAUAAUCGAGUGGAAGUAUUUCGUUUUAUUUUUCCUGGGAAUAGCUAGAUACGCUGCAGUGAAAUUAUUCAAUUAUAAUUACAGCUUAACUGAGUAUGGGAUGCAUUGGAACUUUUUUCUCACACUUUUUUUUACACUCCUAGUUUGUAACGCCAUACUCAUUCUGAUAAAACGGGUUAGGCAUAUCUUUCUCCUUAGUUGUGUCCUUAUCUGUUUGUAUGAACUUCUUAUUUGGCGCCUAGACGUUACGAGUUAUUUACUGGCAGACGAUGCAGAACGGACCCACUUUUUUUCCUUGAACAGAGAGGGCCUUAUGAACGUCAUUGGGUCUGUUAAUCUGUACCUCUUUUCCUUUUCCCUUUGGAAUGGCUAUGUGAUGCAGGAUGAGGUGCAGCAGGGGAAGCGGGGGCAAUCGGGGGGAUGUGGCAAGCUCUCCCCAGUUUUCCUCACCCUGAAGUUGUUUGCCAUGUCUUUGCUGUUCCACCUGCUGCACCUCCUUUUGAAUUACUACCGAAAUUAUAGUGUGCGUAUUUUGUGCAACGCGAACUAUAUAUGCGUUAUCUCCUCUGUGAGUCUCUUCGCUGCUGCCCUGAGUUACCUAGUAGAGGCAAUACUCCUACGCGAGAAGACCACUACCAUCCCAGUUUUGCAAAAAAUGAAUAGACACACCCUUGUAGUGUUCCUCUUUUGCAACAUAACCAUGGGUACUUUCAACCUCCUGUUUCAGUCCCUUUUGUUUCCUCUAUUUUUUGCAUGCAUCAUUUUGGCGGCGUACUCAUAUGGUAUGUUGUGUUUUGCGUACAUGUUGCCUGGCCCACCGGAGAAGCAGAAGGAGAAGCAUUACUAG